AAAAACUACUUUGAUAUUAUAUUCCUUCCUACCAAAGACGAGAGUUGAGUUGAUACAAACUUCCGCGACAAAGGAAUGGAUUCGGACUUGGGAAUAGCGAGAGAGCUAUCCCAUCUCCAAAAGCUUCGAUCUCUGUACCAACCCGAGCUACCUCCAUGCCUUCAAGGCACUACUGUUCGUGUGGAGUUCGGCGAUGCAACUACUUCAGCUGAUCCCUCAUGUGCCCAUAUAAUAAGUCGGUCCUUUCCUCGCACUUAUGGUCAGCCUUUAGCUCAUUUUCUCAGGGCAACUGCCAACGUCCAAGAUGCUCACAUAAUUACCGAUCAUCCAUCAAUUAGGGUGGGGAUUGUUUUCUGUGGUAGACAAUCUCCCGGAGGACAUAAUGUCAUAUGGGGACUUCUUGACGCUCUCAACAUUCAUAAUCCUGAUAGCAUUUUACUUGGAUUUUUGGGUGGUUCUGAAGGUUUAUUUGCACAGAAAACUCUCCAAAUUACAGAUGAUGUUCUUGCAACAUAUAAAAACCAAGGUGGUUAUGAUAUGCUGGGAAGAACUAAAGAUCAAAUUAGAACAACUGAGCAAGUUAAUGCGGCAUUGGCUGCGUGCAAAGCUUUGAAGUUGGAUGGCCUCAUAAUUGUUGGGGGAGUAACAUCAAACAGUGAUGCAGCUUAUCUGGCAGAAACUUUUGCUCAAGCUAAAUGUCCAACAAAAGUUGUUGGUGUUCCUGUCACAUUAAAUGGAGAUUUAAAGAACCAGUUUGUUGAAACAAAUGUUGGUUUUGACACAAUAUGUAAGGUUAAUUCCCAGCUCAUCAGCAAUGUCUGCACUGAUGCACUCUCAGCAGAGAAGUAUUACUAUUUCAUCAGACUGAUGGGCCGAAAGACAUCACAUGUUGCCUUGGAAUGCACCUUGCAGUCUCACCCAAAUAUGGUUAUUCUUGCUGAGGAAGUAGCUGCGUCAAAACUUACACUUUUUGACAUCACGAAACAAGUUUGCGAUGCAGUGCAAGCCAGGGCUGAACAGGACAAGUACCAUGGUGUUAUCCUGUUGCCUGAGGGGCUUAUAGAAAGCAUUCCUGAAAUAUAUGCUCUAUUAAAGGAAAUUCAUGUUUUGCUCAGGGAAGGUGUUUCUGCUAAUAACAUUUCCUCCCAACUGUCACCAUGGGCAUCUGCCCUGUUUGAAUUUCUGCCGCCCUUUAUAAGAAGGGAGCUUCUUCUGUAUCCAGAAUCAGAUGACUCUGCCCAACUAUCUCAGAUUGAGACAGAGAAACUUCUAGCUUUUCUUGUAGAAACAGAGAUGAACAAGCGGCUGAAAGAGGGAACUUACAAGGGAAAGAAAUUCAAUGCUAUUUGUCAUUUCUUUGGUUAUCAAGCUCGUGGAUCAUUGCCAUCAAAAUUUGAUUGUGACUAUGCCUAUGUUCUUGGUCAUGUCUGUUACCAUGUAUUGGCUGCAGGGCUGAAUGGUUACAUGGCAACAUUAACUAAUCUAAAGAAUCCUGUGAACAAGUGGCGUUGCGGUGCUGCUCCUAUAAGUGCUAUGAUGACUGUGAGGCGUUUUGGUCAUGGUCCUGGUGCUGAAUCAAUUGGGAAACCUGCUCUUCAUCCUGCAGCUGUGGAUUUGAAAGGCAAAGCAUAUGAGGUGCUGAGACAGAAUGCUGGAAAAUUCUUGAUGGAUGACGUGUAUAGAAAUCCAGGACCUCUUCAGUUUGAUGGUCCAGGUGCAGAUACAAAGGCUGUAAGCCUUUGUGUGGAGGACCAGGAUUACAUGGGUCGUAUCAAACAAUUGCAAGAAUAUCUUGAGAAGGUGCGUACAAUCGUAAAACCAGGGUGCUCGCAAGAUGUGCUGAAAGCUGCUUUAAGUGCCAUGUCCUCUGUAACCGAGAUUCUAUCUGUCCUGUCUAGCAGUAGGAAUGCACCCUUCUGAUUUCUGCAUGAGAGAAUUCUCAUGCAUGUACAGAGUUCCUCCUGGCACCAUCACUAUUAAAUUAGAUU